CUGGCUGAGCGAGCAGAUCAGAGACAGACUGAGCGCAGCAGCAGAAGGAACUGGAAGAGUGUUGCUGGGAAUUUAACAUUUUCUGUUUUCACCAGAAGUCAUGACUCUUUUGCCAACAAGCAUCCCUGCAAACGUCAGCCAUGAAACUGUGGAUGAAAACCACAACACCACCGAUGACAUUUUGUGCCUUUACGAUCCAGUCGAUUGGAUCUUCACUGUGAUUCCAGUGUACAUCCUGAUCAUCAGUGUGCUGGGGAUUAUCUUGAAUGUGUUUGUGUUGAUGGUAUUCUGGCUCCACAAGACAGCAUGUAACGUGGCAGAGAUCUACUUGUGCAACCUGGCUGCUGCCGACCUCUUUCUGAUGUUGAGUUUACUCAUCUGGGCUGUGAAUGUGCUAACAAGAUUUGACUCUGACUUGAGUGAAACGAUGUGCAAACUGUUCCCCUUCUCCAUCAGCAUGAAUUCAGACUGCAGCAUCUACAUCCUGGUUCUGGUUAGCAUUGACCGAUAUUUGGCUCUUGUGCACCCACUGACCCAUGGAAGAAAGCGGAGGCCAUUUUGUGCCAAACUGGCUUGUGCAGUGGUGUGGGGUGUAUGCUUUCUGUUGAAUGUCCCUGUACUCAUCUUCAUGGAAGUUGAACAUGACCCUGAGAAGAAUGUUAGCAGAUGCAUUCCUUCUUAUUCAGAUCAUAUAGACGAAGUGUUAAGCAUCCUCAAUAUCAUUCUAAACCUAAUAAUUCCCAUUCUUAUUAUUUCCUUCUGCUCUCUCAAAAUUAUUCAAGCUCUGAGAAACACGUUAAGGAGCAGCUUUAGCACUCAGAGAAAGGAGCAGAAGGCCACCACUCUGAUUCUCGCAGUCCUCCUGGCAUUCCUGAUCAGCUGGGUGCCAUUAAAUGUGUUUAAUAUACUGGAGCUGCUCAGUAGAUAUAACAUUGUGGAAAUUUGUGAGUUUUCCUUGGGUUUGUUCCAGCUGAUCUCCAUCAUCUUAGCCUUCUCCAAUAGUGUUCUCAACCCCAUUCUCUACGUUUGUGUAGGAGAAAACUUUCGUAAAAAAGUUAAGGAGGUCUUCAGCCAGAUCAGGAAUCAGAGAAAUUCAACAUUCAUCCUCAUCCCCACACGUACAACCCUGUCAAGUAGUGUUCAAACUGAGGAUGCCACAAGCUAAGCUGUGGGAUUGCAUUUUUUUUUUCCAUUUGGUGUUUUUGUUUUCAAGAUUUUUACAGGGAAACUGGUGAUGUUUUACACGGAUACGAUGUACGAAAGAUAUGUUUGAAAUUACAAGUGCAUUGAUUCAAUGAUUCAAAGUCUGUAGGACAUCUGUAUGUUUUUCUGCAACGCUUUGUGUGCUGGGGUCUGUGCCCACACUUAACUGUUUCUUGAAGCACCGAUGUAUAAAUAACGGAUGAGAAGAUGUAGACACACACUCACAACUAUGUACUCAAGUUUCAGUGUAUUUUUCUCUACAUAGUCCUGAACUCAUAUUUUUAAGGACAAUACAAAAGUCAGGGGAAAGGAAGAUUGAAGCAAAGAUUUAUUGUUUACAGCCAUAUUCCUUUUUUUUUCUGUCUACCAACAACAGAUGGGUGGAAAUCAAAAGUGUGAUCAUUUUAAAAGGAAGUGAUUGAAUGUGUCUCUUUCUCGUGACAUCCUGCUUACAUUUUAUCACUUAUGACUACUUACCAAAAUCUGUAACUCAACCACAUUUGCUAUAAUGCUUUCAGAUUUAACACAACAGCAACAGCACUGCUAAAUUAAAUAUGGUUACUGCACACGUUUUACAUCACAGAAGUAAUGGACGAAACCUAAGAUGAUGGAAGUAUUGUACCAAAGAAAUGGAGGAAGACUUCAUGUCUUUAUAUGUCAUCAGUUACACUCUUGACACAAGAAGUCAGUGUUCGGACAUUUCACUCAUGAAUGCAUGUGCAUGUAAUUAAAUCUCUCUCUUUGUAUUGUGACAAAACUGUAUUGUUUCCUGCUUGUGCUAUUCUAAAACCAUCCUGUCAUGUUUUAAAACCAUGUAGUAUUUCUUACUUUUGUGUGUGACAUUGCGAAUGGAGCAAACUUCAAAUAUUUUUCAACCUGCCAACAGUGGAGAGUGGCUGCCUCCACAUUGUGCAGACAUCUGCAUGCUUGUACAGUUUGUAAUUUGUUGCUUGGUGCAGUUUAUUUACGAUUCAAAAUCAGAGGAUCUGGAUAAAUAGUGACUCACCUGGUCAUGCCACUCUGUCUUCACUUGGUGAACACACUUCACUGUUGAUAAUAAUAACUUCUGUGUGUCAAUUGUGUUUGCAUAACAAACGUAUUAUAACACCUGCUGUAGGACGGCAUGAACACAAAGGACCAAUUUUAAUGUCUUGCUUGUAAAUAAACUUACACCUGUUAACUUCCUA